CAAGUCAACAAAACACAUAAAAUGCUCGUCUCAUCGUCUAUAUAAAGAGGAGAGAGUAGAGUACAAUUCUCCACCAAUUACUUCAUAAUUGAACUAAUUUAUUUACAAAUUAAUUAGGAGAUUAUGGAGUCAGAAACAAAAUCAAGAGACGAUGAACAGAAAUGGGUUUAUGAUUCUUCUGUUGAUUUCCAAGGAAAAAUUCCUGCCCGUUCUUCUACUGGUGUUUGGAGAGCUUCUCUUUUUAUCAUCGCAAUUGAAUUCAGUGAGAGGCUAAGUUAUUUUGGACUGGCAACAAGCUUAAUUAUAUACAUGACAAGGGUGAUGCAUGAAGACCUCAAAACUGCUGCAAAAAGUGUCAACUACUGGUCUGGUGUCACCACUUUGAUCCCUCUUUUGGGAGGCUUUCUUGCUGAUGCUUACUUUGGUCGCUUCUUCACUGUUUUCUUUUCUUCCUUUGUCUAUCUUCUGGGAUUAACACUAUUAACACUAUCCCAAUUCGUACCAAGUCUCAAAGCUUGUGAUGAAGAACCCUGUCACCAAGCAAGAAAAGUUCAUGAAGUAGUAUUUUUCUUGGCCUUAUACUUAAUCUCCAUAGGAACUGGAGGACAUAAACCAGCUUUAGAAAGUUUCGGAGCGGACCAAUUCGAUGAUGAUCAUGCCGAAGAGCGUAAAAAGAAAAUGUCGUAUUUCAAUUGGUGGAAUUUCGGACUUUGUUCAGGGCUUUUUCUUGGUGUAACAGUCAUUGUUUAUAUACAAGAUCAUAUCAGUUGGGGAGUUGCUUAUAUUAUUUUAACUGCAUCCAUGGCUUUCUCGCUGAUUAUUUUUAUUAUCGGACGUCCGUUUUACCGUUAUCGGGUUCCUGCCGGUAGUCUCUUUACGCCUAUGUUGCAGGUUCUUGUUGCUGCUAUUAAGAAAAGAAACCUGCAAGUUCCUUCUAGUGCUGAUGAAUUGUAUGAAGUCCCUGAGUUGGAAAUCAAAAAAGGAAGACUUCUUUGCCAUACCGACAAGCUCAAGUUUCUUGACAAAGCAGCAAUUUUAGAAGAUAAAGAGAACAGUACCACAGAGACGAAAAAUCCGUGGAGACUUGCAACCGUGACGAAAGUCGAGGAGAUGAAGCUAAUUCUCAACAUGAUCCCCAUAUGGCUAAUGGCUUUACCAUUCGGGAUCGGUGUAGCACAAGCCUCUACCUUCUUCAUCAAGCAAAGCACCACAUUAAACCGAAAAAUCGGUAACGAUUUCUUGAUCCCGCCGGCUUCCAUUUACGCAAUAGGAGCCAUUGGCAUGAUAAUCUCAGUCACUGUCUACGAAAAGAUACUAGUACCAAUCUUACGAAGAGUAACAGGAAACGAACGAGGAAUCAAAAUCCUACAAAGAAUCGGAAUAGGAAUGGCACUCUCAAUCCUUACAAUGGUAACAUCAGCUUUAGUCGAGCGAAAAAGACUAAAAGUUGUGCAGGAACACGGAAAUGUAAAGGGCGGUUCAUUGCCAAUGAGUGUGUUUUGGUUAGCUCCACAGUAUCUGAUUUUCGGAAUAGGAGACGGGUUCACAUUGGUGGGACUGCAAGAGUAUUUCUAUGAUCAAGUUCCGGAUUCGAUGCGGAGUUUAGGUAUAGCAUUCUACUUAAGUGUGAUUGGUGCUGGAAGUUUUCUUAGUAGUUUGCUGAUAACUGUGGUGGAUGAUGUUACGGAGAGAUAUGGUAAGAGUUGGUUCGGAAACGACCUUAAUAGCAGUCGUUUGGAUAAUUUCUUUUGGCUUUUAGCAGCCAUGAAUGCUGCAAAUUUAGUGGUGUAUGUCGUUUUGGCUCGGCGGUAUUCUUAUAAAAUUGUUAAUAGGAGUGUUGCUGUGGCUGAUUGUUCUGGUGAUGAUUGGGCAGGCUCUGUGGCCUGAAUUAUACAGUUUCUAGUAGUUCUGUAUAAAUAAUAAUUAAUGUGUUUUAUGUUAUGUUAUAAGUUUAAUGUUGUGUGCGUUUCCUUUAGUAUGAUGUGUAAUCAAAUAUAAAUAUGUCAAUGUCAAACCUAACAGUAGGUCCCUCUAUUCUUCGAUCUUUGUUCUGGAGGUUCCUUUAUUUCA